ACUGGAAGAGAAAAACAUAUUUUUUUUUUAAUCCUGAUAAAGAAGAUUAUUGGGAAGCUCUUUUAAAAAAAAUCUCCAAUUGUGCACAGAUGGAUUUUAGAAAGUGUUAGAGCUUUCCAAUGAACACUAAUAGAGUACUCUGCUCUUGGCUGGAUUUUUCAGAGAAUGGCAAUGGUCUCUGCGAUGUCCUGGGUCCUGUAUUUGUGGAUAAGUGCUUGUGCAGUGCUUCUAUGCCAUGGAUCCCUUCAGCACACUUUCCAGCAGCACCACCUGCACAGACCAGGAGGGACAUGUGAAGUGAUUGCCGCACACAGAUGUUGUAAUAAGAAUCGCAUUGAGGAGCGGUCGCAAACAGUCAAGUGUUCCUGUCUACCUGGAAAAGUGGCUGGCACGACAAGAAACAGACCUUCCUGUGUAGAUGCUUCCAUAGUGAUUGGGAAAUGGUGGUGUGAGAUGGAGCCUUGUCUCGAGGGAGAAGAAUGUAAGACACUACCUGAUAAUUCCGGAUGGAUGUGCGCUACAGGCAAUAAAAUUAAGACGACAAGAAUUCACCCAAGAACCUAAUGGAAGCAUUUGUCAUAGUAGCAAAGGAAAACCACCUCUGCGGAAAAUAUAUUUUAAGAAUUUAAAACAUCUUACACAUUACAAGCCAAAUGGAUUUCUUAUUUGCACUUUGACUGGUUACCAGAUAAUCACAGUGCUUUCACUGUGUGUCACAAAGUAUCCUAUAGUGAGAAGACCCCACGCUUUUGGCAGCACCAUGGAAAGUGGGUUUAAAAAAAAAAAAAACGGUUUUCUCAAUGAAAAUUUUUGGGAUUACGAAGAACGAUCAACUAUCUUCUAAUUUGGAUCUACAGUUACUUUGUACCAUUUUAAAUAUAUGUAUAUAUAUAAUAUUUUGAAAUAUUAUAUAUUCUCUUCAAGAAAUGAACAAUGCCACAGUUUGAGGUGGCUGGUGUACCUCUUUGAGUUUGGAUGUUUUGUUUUGUUUUGUCGCAGUUUCUUUUUUUACCGGCAAGGAAGAAGACACGUGCCCCUUUUGAAACUUCAACAUGGCACUCACACUGGAAGGCUAGCUACAGGUGGACUUCUGGAAUCUGAGGCAUCCUAACAAUACUGAAUCGAGAGCUUCCUUCCGUUUCUACCAGAUGGCCCAAGGAAGCACAUCGUCUGUUUUAUUGCUUUCUACCCGUGCAAUAUUAGCAUGCAAGCCUGGCUUACAUAACCAUACUUUAUAUUCAACUGAUAUAUAAUAACCAUUCUAACCUCUUCCAGGAAAGUAUUUUUAGAACUACUAGCUUUUCCACAGAUAAGACAAUGAGGAUUCUUGAGGGAGCUACUCCACCAUGCUAUUAAGACUCUGGCAAAAUCAUGGUAGAAGACGGAUCCCUGUGUUAAUAAGUUCUGUAAAUACAACGUCUUAAGGCUUGGUAUAGCUGUGCUAGACUGCAGAAAUAUCCUCCGAUUAAAUCCAAAGCCUGGCAUCAUUAAGUACAUAGUGCUGUAGCCACAAGUUUUAUCAUGGUACCUCUUUCUAUGUUUGAUUUGCUUUUUCCACGAGUAUUCAGGUCUCUUCUGAAUCUGAAGAUUCAGGAAGACCAUUAAAGGAAUUAGGUUUCAGAAUGAUCUCUGUGACCAAAUGCUGGCCAGCCCUAUUAAAGUGGUAGAUAACUUCUUUCUACACCUACUUGUUGUCUUUAUUUGCCAUGUAUUUGCCCUGAGUCAGCUUUAGCCAAAUCCAGAGAACAGCCUGCUUAGAGACUUGUAGUCGGCUGGGAUUUUUUUCCAUGAGGUCUUUGCUGCCAUCCCAGCCAGUAUUUCUAAUCCCAGUAUUUUGAAAAUCAGAAAUUCAUUACUAUAACUGCUGUGUUCUUAACCCACAAGAUGAAAUGUCAAAUCCCAUUAUUGGGUUUCUGUACUGGUCACUUGGAUGAGACAUAUGGGGCUCACUUCUCCAAAAAGAAACUUCUGUCCAACUUCUCUUUUUAAAAGUUACUCAGAUGAUGAUUGUAGGAAAGAAAUAUCUAUUAUCUACCUGGGAUAGCAUAAUAAUACUAUACAUUCCUGUUACUUAACCUAGCAUAUUUCAAGUAUAUCUGUUUUUUCUCCAAAGCCUUCUCUCUAGAAUACAUGUUGUUAGGGCCUCUUAUUAUAUCACCAGCACAAGUGGUCCCCUAGUGUGGAUUUUUAAAGUUAAACCUCAGGUAAAAUCCAGAGGUUCCUUCAUGUCUACCAAUAUAGCGUGAAGUCUGAUUGAAUAUGUAAAUACUCUAAUCAGAUAGAUUGAUUCUGUAUCUCAAAUGCCUAUAAAAAGCAUCCAGAAAUGUAAAUGGAAUCCUAAUUGCAAAAUCUAGCCUUUCCAAAUACUUUCACAAAUAUUUGCCAGAAGAUAGCAUAAAAUUCAUACAACCAAAUCAGAACCCCUUGAAUUUAUGGUCCAUAUUCAUGUACCAAGUAAUACAUUAGCAACUGACUUUCGCCUGUAAACUUCAGAGUAAAACCUGAAAUCAUGAAUGCAAAGAAUUAUCUGGAAUAGUACUUCCCAAAAUGGGGAGGAAAAAACCUCCAUAAUCAAAUACAUUGGGAGAAAGUUUUUAAAUAAAAUAAAACAGAAAUAUUUACUGAGGAAAUUUUCAGAGCCUUUAAUACACCAGAAGUGAUGUAUGUCUUCAAGAAAGACUAAAACAUGGGUUGCCAAGUAAAGAACUUCCAGAAUCCAGACAUGUAAGGUGGUUACUUGACAAAUGGACAGUACAUCCUUGACUAAUGAGAAACUGCAAGAAAUUAUUUCUGUAUGAGGACAUACUCGCUGCCUUGUCACAUCUUCAGUUUUUUCCAAUAGAACCAGAAAUCUGGAUUUUUGUAUAAAAUCUCCUAACAUUCUUAAAUAAGGUUAACUAAUAUGAGAUGUUUGUCAUUAAAAAUUCUACAAGCAUUAUUAUUGCCCCCAAGUUCCCUGAUCAUGUGGCUUUUAUUAGGAGAUGAAUGUUUCCUGGAAUACGCUUUUAAAAAAAAGCGUUGGUCCUAAAUGAAAAUCCAAUGGGAAGAAAAACGAAUAUUCUCUUUUCUAUGGACUCAUGCAUACAGACCCUUCUCACAAUUUACGAUAUGUGGGGCUCACAGCUUCUCCUGUUCUGUAACCAGAGACUGUAAGUCAAUGAAAGAGUUAGUCUAGAGGCCCAGGUCUGUCAGUUCAUUUCCUAGUGAUCACUUCAUGCAAUAACCUCCCUUGGAAAGACCUAGAAGAAGAGAGAAGGGGGGGAAAGACCACAUCAGAAUCAGGCAACCAUCCAAUAAAACAGUGCAAAUAUUUGUAAAUGUCAUCAAAUUCAAUUUGGAUUUAUCAAGGCCCUUAUACAAAUGUGUGAACCAUCAAGUUGUACUUAAAUUGGACCCACCCCAGUUAGGGGGACUCAGUAGCUAUCUCGUGCCUACAUCUAUUGUUUAAAAACUUUUAUCAUGUAUUGCUGGUAAUAAAGAGCUUGGUGUGGUAUGACUAAUAAUGAUUUUUGAGCUUGUACAUCAGGUGUGAUAAAUAAUGUCCUAACAUAAUUAGAGCAAAUGGAAAGGCCCUCAUCCAGAACCCAUUUCUGGGUAAAAAGGAAAAUAUGGCUCAUUUCAUAAGACAGAUUUUGGAGUUAGGUAAAGCUUAUUUCUUGACUUUUUGGUAUGUGUGAUUAGAUUUAUCUAUUAAUGGAUUUGGUAAGUAUUUCCAAAUACUUACUAGUAGGCUUUUCUCUGUUAUCGAAUGAUGAAGCAUGUUUUCACCAACACACAAUUCAACAUCAUUUUCUGAUCAAACCCAGUGUAACUUUCACAAAGCAAUGGUUUUAUAUAGGGCAGUAUAUUAUGCCACCUUGACAUUGUCCCUGAUGUAAGUUAUGAAGGGUAUAAAAAUUGUUUAUAUGAGGAGAUCCACACAUUCCUCACCUCCGUAGGAUAUGCACUCCAGCCUGGAAGGUUAAAUGGCAUAUCAUAAUAUGAGUUUUUCUUUUAAUUAAGCUUGACACUUCCAUUUCAAAAUCUAUUAAGGUUUACCUGAAAAAUAAGAGAACCAUUUUCCUUUUCAUGAGCUGUCUGCUUUCCAAAUAAAAGAUUUAGUGUCUAGUAAAUUCUAGGGCUCAAGCCACCUCCAUCUAGUGAAUAAAUAGAAGAAAACAAGAUAUAAGACGUACUAAGAAAAGUGAGGGCUCAGGACUAGUGACAACAGUGGUAGAAUUGGAUGGCCUAGUGCCCACGGGCAUCAUGCAAAGUGAUAAAAUAGAAUCAUGUUCACACUUCAUAGUAAAUUAAAUAGAAAACCAUUAAUUGCAUGUGCAUGCACACACACACAUAUUUCCUGUUAAAGAUUUAAAAUUUUUGGGUUGAAUAGGUGGGGGUUUUUUCCUCGUAAAGCUCUCAGGGACCUAUCAGGAGAUGUGGUGGCAUGCACUCACAUCAUUGGUCUGCAAGUGGCUCUCAUUUAUUUAUUUAUUCAUUAUUUAGUUUGCUUCACUUUUUCCCAGGUGUUAAGCUCUCAUUUAUUUGUUUUGGCAGCUAGAUGCAUUAUUUAAAAAAUAAUAAUAAUUAUCAAUCAUGAAAGCCAAGACCCCAGCCAUAACUGACUGUAUUUAUAGACCAGGCAGUGUAUAUGCAGCCCUAAUUCCCACCUGUUCAGAGAAGCUGUUACCCAAGAGUAGACUCACAUGCACGUGCUGAGGAA